AUGGUGCUUAUGCGCAGCUUCCGGGGCCAUGUUAUAGGGCCGGAGGGGGGGGAGAGGAGGGGGGCCUGGGACCUGGUUCGUGCACACUUCGAGACUGCCAUCGAUGGGGCUGUCGAGGCUCGUGGCUGGGUUCCAUACUGCGCCCGAGGAGAUGUACGUAGGAUCAGCGAGGACAGAAGGAAAGGGUUUCGUGGUGCCGUUUUAGCUCAGAGCCUUCCCCGGGUCAUCUCCAUGUCUCCACAAUGGACUGAGCAGCAGGGGGGAGGGAGUCCACGGGCAGGCCAAGAUCUUCGUUUCGGCAAACCUGCUGUGCUGGUACACGAGGUCAGGUGGAUCGCCUGUUUAGCUUCCGGGAUGGAGUCUGGAGAGCCCGUGGUGCGCGAGGAUGCGAGGAUGCGAGGCCGGGCGGAUGGGGAGUGGAUGGAGGGACGAGGGAGACGUGGGGCGGGUCGGAUGGAGUUUAGCGGGCGGGUCGGGCUGUCGAGAGGCACCCGCACGAAGCGCCAGGCACGCACUGGGUUCUCUCGCACGUUAGUCUCAUGCACCAGCCUUUCUGGGUCGCUGGGUCGCUGGGUCGUCUGGCCGUUCGGUCGUCUGGUCGGGUUUCCCCCUCGCGCUGUUCCCCCGGUGGCUCCAGGCACGUCAAAACCACACGGUGCGGCCGGUAAAAUAACGAGCCUUUCGGCACCAGCCGAUGGUUCCUCCCCACCCUCCCCCCAACGGAUGCGGGAAGAACCUUCAUUCGGCCCCGCUGCUGCUCCUUGCGGGCUCUGGGGUUGA